GCAGCGCAUGCGCACUGAUCAAUGUCUAUCAUGAGUAAGUGGCUAUUAGGAAGAAAACAAAGGCAGGCGUCUCUUAUUCUACAGCGGCAGAGGUUUGACGAUGGAGCAUCCUUACUGCUUAUGUGGAUGUAAAAGGAAACAAAAGGAAACGGUAAUCCUUCUCUGUCACUGACAUCUUCUCUAUCAGCUCGUUGUGAAAGCGCUGGAUUUCUUCGUUCCGCGCGAAUUUUCUACAGGAAUCAUUAAAAACCACAGGUCUUCAGAUUCAAGUAUCGAAAUGGAACAGCGGCGUCCACUUCUAGUUUAAAACGUUCACGCACUUAGAGGAACACUCUACCUGAGAAGCCACUCUGUUGUUAGAUCUCCCAGCAUGGCAUCUCACAUGAGGCUUGUGCUGCAUUUUCUAUUGCUGUUCAUAUUUGCUGUGCAGGAGGUCAGGCUGGUGUGUGUGGAAGUAGCAUCAGACACAGAGGCCAUCAUAGGCCGUGUUAUGAAGUUAACCUGCAGCUACUGCAUGAAACGAGAGGAGAUCCCUGCCGAGACCAAAGUGGACUGGUUCUUCACUGGAGAAGAUAAAAGAAAAGUGCUUAUCUAUCAGUAUGAUCGUGAGCCACAGGAGCCAAAGGAUGUAGAAAUGUACUGGAAGGGCCGUCUGACAUGGAACGGCAGCAAGGACCUGCAGGACGUCUCAAUUAGCAUCCUAAACGUUACCCUAAAAGACUCUGGCACAUACGAAUGUGAGGUGUCACGCUUCUUUGAGUUCGAUUCAUACAAGCAUUCCACCACCAAGAAAACCACAAUCAAUCUUAGGGUAAAAAUGAAAGCGAGUGAAGACACCGCAGCGCUGUACUCAGAGAUCAUGAUGUAUGUGCUGCUGGUGUUCCUCACAUUCUGGUUGCUGAUGGAGAUGAUCUACUGCUACAGGAAGAUCUCCAAAUCUGAGGAGCAAAUGCAGGACACUGCGACAGACUACUUAGCCAUUCCCUCUGAAAAUAAAGAAAACCCAGACCCUGCUGUAACGGAAUAAAAGUCUCACACCAUAUAACGGUACUGAUGAUUCUGAAUAGCAACCGGUUUAAAAUGGAGGACUGGCAGUGAUCUUGUUCUGACACUCCUGGAGCUGCUCCGAGAAACCAGGAAACCUGCUAAAUCAAAUCCCUCUUGUCUUGAUAAUGUGAUGUGUGGAAGAAACUCUCAGCUGGUUCAUUAUCUCCCACUGUCUCAAUGGAGGUCAGCAGUAACAAACGUCUAAUGUCAGACUGAUGAGGAUCUCUAUGUGUCUGUCCUCGACUUUUGCCUUAGUAGAGACACAAAUACAGUAGCUCGGAGCUGAAGAGUGAUCAUACUCCCUAUACAUGCACUUUUCUAAUCCAAACGUCAGUCAUUAUUGUCAGAAUACAUGUCAGCCUUUCCCUCUUUGGCAUAUGCUGUUACUCUUUUGAUAGAAAUUGUUGAAGAUAAGCCUAGAUUCCAAUUAGACUUGGUUUUUAUCAUCAUAUUUUCUAUACAAUGAAUCAUAUGAUAAUUUAUUUAUUUAUUUAUUGCUUUUAAUUUUAAAAGAAACUUUCAAGUCACUAAGCUUUGCCACUUUGUAAUGAAUAAUCAGAGCAACGGUGGCAGGUAAACAUCUGUAAUGAGGAAAUGUUGCGUACAGCAGCUUAAUUGAACACAUGUUGCCAUUUGUGUUUACACUGGUCAUUGCAUUCAGUUCUGAAUGAUCUUGCAGCAUUAAAGCAAGUUCUUGGGAUUAAUACUAGCACUAGAUUGAAGUACAUACAUUAUUCCAACAAUGGUAGUUUGAACUGAGGCAACAUUGCAACAUGAUGUUAAUGUUCAGUGAUGUUUAGCAGCAUCUGUAUACUUUAAACAUUUGCAGAUUGACUGUCCAUAGUUGGUUGGAAGUAGUAACAAUUUCUUCAGCUGUGAUAUAAAACUCAACUUUGUAUGCAUUUCCUUUUUUCACUUUUGGUGUUAUGAAUUUAUACAUACAAUUUAUCUAUUUUUUUUUUAUUUUUUUUUAUUGGUGCCGGCUUGUCUCUGUUAACUUUUGCAUUGUUUUAUAUAUGUCAUUGUUACCACCGCAGAAAUAUUCCGCUUGCUCUGCCAUGUUAUAAUGGAGCUGCUCAUCACAUGUCAAAACUUGUCAUGUAUAUUAAAACAGGUCAUGCAUUUCAAAAAAUGUCUGACUGCUUAGUGC